GGCAAUAUCAGUUCCAAAAUGAAAUCGAUUGGUGUAACUUGUUUGUUAGUACUUUUGGCAACGCUGUCAGCGCAAGUGGCGUCGGAUCAUACCCCAGCUGCCGUUCCCCCUCCUAGAUGUAGACCAGGACUUGCUGUGGAUUGCAACUUCCAAAACGAGAACUUGGUGUGGUCUAAAGACGAGAAUAAUGAGUGUAAAACGAUUGUAAACUCAUGUGUUUUCGAUCAAGCCAACUGUGCUCGUUACCGCCAGAAACGGCCACUUCUCAAAUUGAUAUCGAAGGAAGAAUGUCAAAGGUUAUGUGUCAGUGAUUGCUCCAAUGCGCCAAAAGACACAAUUUGCACCCAUCGUGGCGGAAAACACUGCACUUUCCAGAGCCAGUGCGAAUUGACGAAACAUAUAUGCAAUACGGGCGAAUUUUGGUUCCAAGAGGGUCCACUUCCCUGUGGCUCAAAUCCUGUGCAGUGUUUCCCUUAACCGUUAUAUGAUUUUUGAAAAUUCACCUGAAGACAUCGAAAUUCUGUAGAGAAAAAGUUCAAAAGUUGCGCCUAAAAUAGCAAUUAAAAAAACUUUAAAAACUAUUCUGAGAAAUAUUUCUUUGAAAAUACUUGCAGAAAGACCAACAAUAUAUAGUUUUCUUAAUUAAAAUAACCUUAAAGAAUUUUAAACCAUUUUAAAGGAAAACAAAAACAAACAUAAAAUAAAAAGAAUAUAUGAAUUACUAAAACCCCUAAUAUAUGUAAAUAA